AUGCCCAAACCCCUAACAACCCUCCUCACCCACCUCCACCUCCUCAAACCCUCCCCCUCGCGCCCCAACUCUUCCUCCUCCUCCACAACCACCCGCCGCAAGGACCGCAAAGACCGCAAAGCCGCCAAACUCGCCCAGCGCGACCACGAACGCACCACGGAGGGAUUAUUGCGGAUCGCACUCAAGAGGCAUGACAGUGUGAAUUCUUUCACGGCGAGGGAUCCGAGUGUUUAUUAUCGGAGACGGGAGGAUCAUGAGGGGUGGGUGAGGCAUGAGGCGGGGGGGAAGAGGUUGGGGAGGGGGUGGAGGGAGGGAGAAUGA